AAAAAUAAACUCCCCAGUUUGAUAUUCUAAAUGCUUGAUAAAUUGGGACCUUGUGCUCAGAGGUUUCUUUCUUAGAUUAUGUUUGGGAAGGGAGGAGGCUUGAAGCAGAGUUGGUGAACUGAAAGAUACCAUUAUUUCUAAAGCUUUGGGGCUUAUCUGACUACAGGUAGUAGAUGGAUAGCAAUUGCUAUAGAGGGUGGUAAGAUGAUAAGCUCUUCUGUGGGUCUUAAGAGAUCAAAUAAAGGGGAAGUUAUGCUAUAGAAAAGUUAGAGUAAGGGGGGAAACUUGAUAUUUCUUAAUUUGUUGUACAUAAAAAGAAGGACAUAGUAACAUGAAGUCAGUAUGGAGGGAAGAUAAUAGUGGGGAAUGAAAUGCUCACAAAUAAAAUACAUUUCCUGCUCUUGAAAAAAGGAUUAAAAAAAAAAGCGGCAAAAAUCUGAAAAACUAAAUGGAUUCCCAUCGAUUGGAGAAUGGCUGACAAAAUUGUGGUAUAAAAGUAUAAAUGGAAUAUUAUUGUAUUGUAAGAAAUUAUGAAAAAGAUGAUUUCAGGCAAUCCUUAGAAAAAAGGUACUCAUAAAGAGUACCACAAACAGAACUAUAGGAAAACAAUUUAUAAAAUGAAAACAAAAUUAUAAAAAAUUACUCUGAAAGACUUAAGAAUUCUGAUCAAAGCAAUGACAUCUCCAGAGAACUUAUGAUGAAUCCAGAACAAUAGAAGGAAAACUAAAAUAGAAAGCAAACCUUCCAAGUUUCAGAAUAGGGAAGAGAACAGAAGCUGAAAAUCAUGGGUUAAUGAGCUUGCCUGAAGUUACUGGAAUAAUCAUAGAACAUGUUAUUAAAGGGAUGGUUGGCAAAUAUUAAAAAAGGAAAAAGUGAUCACAAAAAAUCAGCAUAAUUUUAUAAAGAAUAAGUCAUAUUAAACUUACCUAUUUUUUUUGAUAGAGUUAUUAAAUUAGUGAUUCAGAAGAAUGAUAUAGAAAUAGUUUAACUAGGUUUUAGCAUUAUCAGUUGACCAAGUGACUUAUACUAUUCAUAUGGGAAAGAUUAAGAGGUAUGGAUUAGGCAGUAUUAUACAUAGGUAGUCCUAGAAUUAGUUCAGUGACCAGGUCCCAAAAGUAUUCAUUAAUAAUUCAGUGUCAAAUUGGAAGAAGUGUCCCAAGGAUCUUUACUUGACCAUAUUAUGCAGCUUAGCAUUUUUAUCAGGGCAUAAAUGGCAUGCUUAUCAAAUUUGUAGAUGGGAUAACCAUAGCCAUAUGACAAAGUAAUAAAAGAAUGUGAGAUGAUGUGAAGGGGUUGGGAGAUGUCAGGAAGGAAAGAAGAGAGACCUUACAAAGAAUGACUUGGUUUUUUUUCCUCUGUGCUGAGUCAAAGUUCUGAAGAAAAAAAGAGAACCACAACCAUAAAGAGAUAUGGCUAAAUACUGAAUGAUUCAAAAAGAAUUUGAAAAUUGAAUGCUGAAGUGAUUCAUAAAAAUAAAUUUAAUUAGGUUCAAUAUAAAGUAUUUCAUUUGGGUUAAAAAAAUCAAUUCCACAAAAAUAAGAUGGGGGAAGCAGAACCAACAAAUAGUAGUUAAUCUGAAAAAGAUCUGAAAAACUGCAUGAUAAUGACAGCCAAAAAAAGCUAAUAUAAUCUUAACCUACAUAAAGAGAAACAUAGGACAUCUUUUUCCCAAUGUGGGGGGAAGGGGAAAGGCUAGUGGUUGGGACUGGGGAGAAAUGAGAGGCCUUUGUGAAAGGUGGCACCAUGGUGAAGAAAAUGAGGGAGUUGACAGCACUAUUGUUGGUGUCCCACUCAUGUUUGCUGUGUUGUGCUUUGGCUUUGAAUUGGGGGGAAAACUACAAUAGAAGAACCCAGAUGAUAAGUUGAAUUAUCUCCAACUAUUUGCAGCUAUACUAUUAGCUGGUAUAUUCACAAGAAGAAUUAAGUGCUUAGAGAUUCAAGCUCCUUCAUGAGAAGACUUUGGACUUUGAACUAUGCCAAAAAAAAAAAAAAAACUCUCUCAGGAAGCUGGAAUAAGAAGCAUUUUCAAAGGAACUAUACUCUUCCUUUUGAUGUUCUUGACAGUAGGAUAUGACUAAAAAAUCUGAGACAUUGAAGGAAUCUUCAACUGGAUCAUGAUUAAACCUCCAGAAGUACUGAAGUCCCUCUCCCAGACUGCCCUACCUAGAAAAUACCCUAAUGGGUUCCAAGAUGUGCUGAGAAAACUGAUCCAAGAAAAAGAUGUCACAUCCCUAUAUAAAGGGUUUACAGCUGUAAUGAUCUGUGCCUUUCCAGCAAAUGUCAUCUAUUUCCUUGACUUUGUCAUGAAGUUUCUUAAUUGAGUCACACCAAAUUUGUGAAACUCAGAAAUCUUAAGUCCUAUAGACAACAGGAAGAGUACAAUGACAAGUGAGGGGAUGGAACUGAACUCAACUUGACAAGAGGUUCCAUAUUGUCGGAAGGUGGGGAAGGAGGCAGGGAUGGGGGCAUGAAGAAACAAAAGCACUUAAUGCCUUAAAGACAUCCUCUGGCUAUACAGGAUGUGCCAUUUGGAAACAUGAAUUCAAUUCUUUUUUUUUUUAAGUUUUGAGUUCCAAAUUUUAUCGCUCCCUUCUUUUCUCCCCAGAUACUAAACAAUCAGAUUAAACAUGGUGCAAUUAUGUAAAAUAUUUCCAUAUUAGUCAUUUUG